AGCUCACGCACAUGACGAGGAAAAUCCAACCACAAUGUACAAAGUUAGACCAUCCCCUCCUCCUGUGCUCCGCAGCGGACAACGUGACGCUGGUUCAUUUCUUUUUAAAGAACCCCACAAACCGGAACGUGACAGAUGGACUGUUCGUUAAACCUGCAUUCAUGGCCGUCAGUGGAUCAAUGACCCUUGACACCGUCUUCAUCCUUCGGCUUAUACACACGUGUGGAGCUGAUUUGGUUGAAUCCAUUUCCACAGUGUGUCACCACAUGAGCCUGCGUGGUGUCCUGGUUGAACUUGCUUUACAUGUUAUUCUAGCUGCUUGUGCCAAUUACAGAUGGAAACGCGAGAAAGCAGAGUUGGUGAAGAGAAACACACAGCUUCAAAAGGAGUCGCUGAAGACAGAGGAAGACGGAGAAGAUGUGGUCAGCACGCUGAUGGAGUUGAAGACUGAACUGGAGAACCAGAGGGGUCGACUCAAAGAGCUCCUGGAGGAGGUGGAGGGGGAGCGGGAAGUAAACAAGCAGAAUCUCCAGGCUGUGGAGAAGGAAAUAACAGAGCGAGAGGCGACGUUUGACAAACCGGAGGAACUACUAAGAGAAAAAGCAGACCUACUGCGAGCCCAGUGGAAACUGGACCAGACAAAGAGAGAUAAUGAGAGACAGCUGCUCAACACAGAGAGACUGCUGGAGGCAAUAGAGAUCCAGGUUAAUAAAAUACACCGAAAGAAGGGAGUAGACUUUGGGUAAAGUACUCUGAGGGAAACAAGUCAAUAUACUGUAUGUAACUUAAAGCUACCAAAAGUCUAAAAGAUAAACUUAAUUAUUACUAUAGUACGUCAGGGAACGGUCCCCAAUAUAAAACUACAGAUGAAUUGAUUCAUGCUCCAUUGCCUACAGGUAUGAUAGCGGCUUGGCUGCCUCCCCACUCAUUUUCACUGUUAUUUUGUUGCCGUUAUUUAUUAUAUACUGAACGCUCAUAGAUCUUCAGUUGGCGGGUUAUCCUUCACCUUACCGGUUGAACGCCGUGAAUGAAAAGCGAGUAACACUGAUAGCUGCUGCGGUUUGCAUGCUCGGAGCUGCCUCCCUCUGGGUCUACUAAAACUCUGCUUGAACAGUAUGUGGGCUAAAUGGGGUAGGAUUUAUUUGUUAAACUUAUUUGGUGUUAAUUAUUAUUUUCUGUAAACGCUAGGAACGCUGAAGUCGCUGGAGAUCCCUGUUAGCUGCUUAGCACUUAAAUUGCAGAGGCUGCUGUUUUGCCAAGACUGCUGCUGGCCUUUAAAAAUCUUGAGUAUCGUAACCAUUGCUGCACGCCUCUGUUGCCUUCACGGCUACUGGGCCAAUGUCUGAGCCACCUGUUUUACAUGAAUGAAUGUAGCUGAGGGGUUUGGCUCCCUACAUUAAUUUGGUUGAUUUAGUGGUUUCUUUCUUUACUUUAUUUUUAUUUUUCAAUUUAGUUAAAAGUUGUAGUCAUAUUUUGUCUUCUUUUCUUUAGUGAGUGUUCUACUUAAAGCUUGAGUUUCUUUGGUUAUGUUAUUGUGCUAAUUAUAAUUAGUGUUUUGUUUCUUUGGAGUUUAUUGCAAAGUCUUUUCUUUGGAAUUCUUGUUUUGUACGGCCUUCUGGAGCCACUAGUGGUUCUGGCCUUUAUAUUGUACUUAUAUUGUGUUAAAUUUCUUUCAAUUUGUUUCUUUAUAACCUUUUUAUAUUGAUUUUUGAUAUUCCUUUUGUGGAGUGAACCCCUUUAAUUGUGUGUGUGUUUCCCAUUUCUCUCCCGAUUUUUAGUUGCUGAGAGCCGAAGGUGGUGGUGUUUGUGUCCGGGUGGUGGUAUCUCCUUCCCUGUGUGCUGUGUCUCCCCAUUUUCAUUUGCUGUGUUCACUGUUGUGUUUUUGUGUGUUCACGGGUGACUUUUCCUGGGAUCCACCUUACUGCCCUCUUACCCCCUUCUCCGCCACUGGUAAGCCUCAGCACAACAAUUUUCUCCCUUUUUGGUGUGAAUGUGUUUUA